CCUCCACACACCACUUGACAAAAACCAUCUUCUUCUUCCUCGAAUUUCUUCUUCACACCUCUUAAUCUUUUCGCAAUCUUAUUCAUCGCGAAUACUUGACCCGAUCAAUUUUUAUUCAACUCGUCCGAAUUCCUUUGCAAAUUUUUCAAGAUGUCUGGAGAAGCCCCAGUUGAUGACUCUCAAGUAAGAUAGAAUUUUGUCUUUUCUUUUGUGUGUCGACUUCACCCCGCACAUGAACUCUUUCCCCACCAAAAUUGGCUUUGCGCGCAUGUCGUCCGAAAUCCACGACGACGAGGACGAUAAAUCUUGAUAACUAACUAUUUUCUCUUUUACAGCAUGAGCACACCUUCGAUUCUGCCGAUGCUGGUGCAUCCGCCACCUACCCUAUGCAAUGUUCCGCCUUGAGAAAGAACGGAUUCGUAGUCAUUAAGGGCCGCCCUUGCAAGAUCGUCGACAUGUCUACCUCCAAGACUGGUAAGCACGGUCACGCCAAGGUCCAUUUGGUCGCCAUCGAUAUCUUCACCCAAAAGAAGCUUGAAGAACUCUGCCCAUCCACCCACAACAUGGAUGUCCCCAACGUUUCCCGUAUUGAAUACCAAUUGGUAAGAAUAUCUGGUUAAAUUUUGGUAUCCCCGCUGACGAGCAUUCACAGCUCGAUAUCACUGAUGAUGAUUUCCUUUCCUUGAUGUCCGAGGGAGGUGAUCUUAAGGAUGAUGUUAAGUUGCCAGAUGGAGAGGUUGGACAAAAGAUUCGUGCACUUUUUGAUUCCGAGAAGGAGACCAGUAAGCAACACACGCCCAGAGAAACUUCAAUACACCACUGACAUACUUGCCUUCUAGACGUUAUUGUCCUCACUGCCAUGGGUGAGCAACUUGCUAUCGAUGGAAAGGAGGCACCAAAAUCUGGUUAAAUAUUUUUCAAACAAUAUCCGACCUGGAAUUUCGCAAUAGCAUGGGUUGUUUUGUGUGUAGAUCUGUUUGCUGGAAGGUCCUUUACAUUUAGAGGAAUGUAAUGCUUUCGGAUAUCUACAUUCUUAUGGUCUACGUUGGGCGAUUUGAUCUACGAAACCUUGGUCACACUGGUUAUCUUAUCUCUUCUGGCAGUCCCAAUAUCAUAAUUCCAUAGCAUUUUACUGUGUGCUUUUCUAUGAUAUUGCUUGACCGGCGUAGUCAAGCGGGUAUGCUACAAAUUCUCAAAAAAAUUCUACGAAGUUUGUUUCUUCCCAAUUAAUC